CCCUAAACGAUUGCACACACCUCUUUGCUUUAGCACUAACAGUCUCCUGAACACAAUCUCAAACUGAUUCUGUGCCGGAGAGAGAAAGAGAAAACGUCUAUCGCUGAGUGUUAAACAGAUCUGAUGUGGAAAUGGCAUCGGCGGGGCUGCAGAUGCUGGGGUGUACGCUAGCUUUAAUUGGCUACAUCGGGGUGAUCAUAAUCUGUGCCUUGCCCAUGUGGCGAGUCACUGCCUUCAUAGGAAACAACAUUGUGACGUCCCAGAUCUUCUGGGAGGGCAUUUGGAUGACCUGCGUGGUGCAGAGCACAGGUCAGAUGCAAUGCAAGGUCUACGAUUCCAUGCUCGCUCUGACUUCGGACCUGCAGGCUGCCCGUGCGAUGGUGGUUGUCGCACUGGUGGUGGGCCUCGCAGGGAUCUUUAUGGCCUUCGCUGCUGGCAAGUGCACCAAUUUUAUUUCUGAGGGAAAUGGCAAAAGCAGGGCAUCUAUUGCUGCUGGAGUUGUCCUUAUCAUUGCAGGAGUCCUCACCUUUAUUCCUGUGUCCUGGACGGCCAACAGUAUAACGAGAGAUUUCUACAACCCCUUACUGGUCGAUGCCCAAAAGCGUGAGCUGGGGGCUUCACUGUACAUCGGAUGGGGAGUGCUGGGCAUCACACUGUCUAUGAUUGGCCUGGCUGGUACCAUCAUCAUCUGCGCCUUGCCCAUGUGGAAGGUGACGGCGUUUGUGGGCACUAACAUCGUGGUGGCGCAGGUCUUCUGGGAAGGUCUGUGGAUGACGUGUGUUUACGAGCACACGGGACAGAUGCAAUGCAAGCUGUACGAUGCUUUGCUAGACCUGGACCCAACAUUGCAGGCCUCACGUGGUCUCAUGGUCACCACCAUGGCACUUGCAUGUCUCGGGUUCCUCAUCUUCCUGCUAGGAGCCGAGUGCACCAACUGUCUCAGUAAUCCAAGGGCCAAGGCGAGGAUCGUGGUGGCAUCAGGUAUCACUUUCAUGCUUUCGGGACUUGGCACCGCAAUUCCUGUUUCCUGGACGGCUGACACCAUCAUCAGGGACUUCCAUAACCCUGUAGUGCACGAGGCUCUGAAGAGAGAGAUGGGUGCUGCCAUAUACGUGGGCUGGGUGACGGCCGGGUUUUUGUUCAUCGGAGGGGCAAUUCUCUGCACCAGCUGCCCACCAGAGAGGGUCAAACAUUUCUCCAGGUAUACGGCAACAAAGUCAGGCCCACAAAGCAGCUAUGCCUUUAAGAACUAUGUGUGA